AUGUCCUACCCACCCGCCGCAUAUCCGUUUCUGGCGAUUCUGUACACGGCCACCAACUUCAAAGAUCUCGCAACACCCGUCGCAAAGUCUCUGGGCAUCGCUCUCGGAACAUCCCUAGCGACCGUCAUUCCCCUCGUCCUCUUGACCCUCAACUUCCAAGCAAAGGGUGUCGCCAGCUUCCUCCGCGGCCUCGAUAUCCGUCUGGGUUCAGUUUCGGUGUUGGGAAUAAGGCUCUCGAAAUGGAUCGCGCUUCUUCUGUGUAUGGGCGAGGCGUCGCUGGUGGUCAUGCUCACGCUGGGGAGCAAACUGGAUUCGACUCGCGUUGGCCUUUUCGACGAUGUUUUGACCAAGCGCUCUAACGUCCGAAUCGGCCCCUACGUCGCGGACCCCAAAGCCGUCCUCCCCACCCCCGAAACCCCUACCGCGCUCUCCGCCCAACGCCAAAGCAUCCACGAAUUCGCCCAACUCGCAACCUACCGCCCCAACGCCACCGACAUCUUCCACCCCUCCCGCAUCCCCCGCGCCGCCCUCGGGUACGCCCUCGAGUUCGUCCCCGUCGUCGGCCCUUUAGCCUACGCCUACCUCGAGUGCGAGCGAACAGGCAUCGAAGCUCACCACCGCCUGUUCACGCUGAAGAAGAUGCAGCCGGAGGAACGGGGCGAGUGGGUGUUGAGACAUCGGGAUGAGUAUUCACAGUUUGGGUUUGUGGCCGCGGCGCUGGAGGCUGUCCCGAUAGUCUCGACUGUAACUAAGUUUACGAAUGCGGUGGCGGCGGCGAUGUGGGCGGCGGAUUUGGAGAAGAGGCAGGAGCAGUUGAGGGCAAAGAAGGGGUUUGCGGGGAAGUGA